UUAUGCAAUCACGACUGAAGGACAAAUCUCCCGUACCCAGAAGGUCACUUGGCCUGUCCUCAUGCCGCCCUGCUGACCUCACUGCCAGAAACCAUCAGUACCCUACAGGGGAUACUCCACCGGCCAUCCUAGACACUACACCAAGCACCCCUGGUACUAGUUGGCUAACGGAUGGAUUCAUCAAGAGGAUCAGCCUUCAUGACGGAGUCCGGAAAGGACACCGCAAACACCUGACACAGGGUUUGCACUCUUUCCGGGACUUACCACUGGAUGUCGAUGACACGCGGACACAGAUGUUUCCUCGAGACGAAUGGCGCGUUACAGCUUGGAAAGCGGAGAAGACUAAAUUCCCAUUGGGAAUGGACCGAUAUGACUUAUAG